CACACACACACACACAUAUACACACACACAAUGUUCUACAGUUGACCAAAACCGCCAGAAGAUCAACGAUGAUUUAACUGUUUUCUUAGACGAACCUCUCGGUAAAGGUGCAUUUGGAGCAGUCUUCAAAGGCAGCUACAGGGGCGAGAUUUGUGCGGUCAAACUUUUGAUUUACGAGGCUGUAGAAAUGCAGACAGGUUUCCCAGCCGGUAAAAGUGAAGAAGCUAGCAAAGCAUUUGAUCGUGAGUGUGAGUAUCUCCAGUCACUCCAGCACCUAAACGUUGUUCUGUAUUUGUCGACUACUAAGCAUCCCAAAUCAGGUGGUACAAUCCUCGUUGUUGAGCUGAUGGAUUGCAAUCUGAGAUCCUAUUUCUCCGGCCUUGGUGAAGAGUCUAUCACUAGCGAAUAUGAAAUUAGCCUGUCCAAAGACAUGGCUUGUGGUCUGGCCUACAUUCACAGCAAGCAGAUUAUCCAUCGUGACCUCUGUGGCGAUAACGUCUUGCUGAAGCUUACACGACCAGUGCCUGUUGCAAAGAUUUCUGACUUUGGCAUGUCACGGCUAUACGAUCCCUCCAAGCUUAGCCACACCCUCACGGCCGUUGGUCACCGUAUGGGGUAUCUACCUCUCGAGGCUAUUCGAUUGGACAAGGAUAAUUACGAUAAUAGCUUGGAUGUGUUCUCUCUUGGGGCGAUUAUGAUGCAGAUUGUUUGCAAGCUGAAGACGAUCAAAUCUGUGGAAGAUCGAUCAUUCCAUGUUGCCCAGAUACCUCACACACACAGGUUGAGGAAGCUUAUCGACAGUUGUUUGCAAGAAGACAUGAGGAGGAGACCAUCUGCCAGGGACAUCUAUGUGGACCUGACGAGGGGCUUAGACACAGUGGAGGCAACAAAGAGGGAGUCAAAGGACACUCAACCAGUCAAGAAGGCUCACAGGGAACACAAAGAUUCUGAGCUGGUCAGGAGAGACGCCAUCAUUCAACAGCAGAGACAGAUGAGACAAAAUGCACCAUUAUAUUAUUGCAGAGCUAUAAUAGAAGCUUUGAUCUCUUAUAAUCGUACUGUACAUUCUAUUAGACUGGUGGGCGUGGCCUCUUAAGCUAAUUAGAGAAAGUGAUUUAGUGUGCAUGCAAUUAUUGCUGCAAGUAACACUCGCUUGUUAGUAGACACUAUCCUAAUUACACUCAUUCAUUAUUCAGGGUCCCCCUCCCAGAGAGUUGAGACCUCCACUCACUCUGAAAUGGAGAAGAGGAAAAGACAUGCCAAUCCACAUGGGUGACUCGGUACAGAGUGUUGUUAUCGGUGACACGGUGUAUGUUGGUGGAGGGUUUGCAGUCAAUGAUCGUGACAUAUAUACAGUGUUGAAGCUCGAGCAAGAUCAAUGGACCAAACUACCAGAGUACACUGCCAAGUACUUCGCUAUGACAUCACUCACUAAUCGACUAGUGUUGGUGGGAGGAAGUAAUCCAAAAAACAACAAACGUACCAAUCAGCUUGCAGUGUUUGAAUCAGGGGAAUGGACUCACCCGUACCCACCAAUGAACAUUGCUCGUUCUUCCUCAACAGCUGUCUCCUUCAACAACCACAUCAUUGUAGCUGGUGGGUAUGAUGAUAAAAGACGUGCCUCCUCCUCUGCAUGUGGAGGUGUUGGAUGUGGCAUCAAGAAGAUGGUACAUUGCUCAGUCACUACCUAACCAACGAUCAAAACUGAAAUCAACUCUCAUAGGAAACACCCUCUACCUAAUGGGAGGGUUCGAUCACACUCUGAGUGCAACCAAGACAGUGUACCACGUCGACCUCAAUGAACUCGUUGCAAAGGCCCAUUCGAACCUGGACACACCCACUCUCUGGCAGACCUUACAGGAAGCACCACUCGAGUGGUCAGCUCCUCUCAGUAUUGGGAGGUCACUAUUAGCCGUUGGUGGACGAGACGACAGAGCCAACCCAAGUUCAUCGAUCUACCUCUACCAGCCUGACACCAGGAGGUGGGUGAAAGUGGGAGACCUGCCCACUGCACGAUACUGCUGUACAUGCUCAGUACUUCCUAGUGGAGAGGUCAUUGUAGCCGGAGGACUGACAAUUAACGAUAUUGAUAUUCUUUUUAUUAUGUUGAGACAAUUAAGUUGCAACAGAAUUUUAUCGCAUA